ACUGUUAGCAUAGAGAGUAGCUUCAUUCAGAAAUGGCAAGCACAGAAACUGUUUACUUAAGGAAAAAAGUGAAUCUCCUAGGAGCUGUGUGCCUUAUUGUAGGCACGGUGGUGGGAAGUGGGAUUUUCAUUGCUCCAAAAGGUGUCUUGAAAAACUCAGGCAAUGUGGGCCUGUCUCUUGUCGUCUGGUUUGCCACAGGAGUUUUCUCCACAUUUGGAGCACUCUGCUAUGCUGAGUUAGGUACAAGCAUUAAGAAGUCUGGCGGCCAUUACAUUUAUCUAUUAGAAACCUUGGGACCCUUGCCAGCAUUUCUUCGGCUCUGGGCAGAAUUUAUCAUGAUCCGACCUGCUGUCUCAUCUGUGGUGGCUUUGGCAUUUGGCCAGUACAUUGCUGAACCUUUCUUCAGCCCCUGUCCAGCACCAGAAGUACUUGUUAAAAUGCUCAGCAUAAUGGGAUUCUCCUUUGUCGUUGCUGUAAACUGCUGGAGUGUGAACUGGACCUCACGAUUACAAAUACUGCUGACAACCAUCAAGAUGGGGGCCUUGGUUUUAAUUAUUGUGCCAGGAGUGAUCAAGCUUUCUUCAGGGCAAACUGAAAAUUUCCACAAAGCCUUUGACACCAGUUCCCUGACACUGGACAAGUUACCUUUGGCUGUUUAUGCAGGACUCUAUGCCUACGCAGGAUGGUUUUAUUUGAAUUUUGUUACUGAAGAAGUCAUCAAUCCCAAAAGAAACAUCCCUCUUUCGAUUAUAUUGUCCAUGGUAACAGUGACGAUUGCUUAUCUGCUGAUGAACAUUUCAUACUACACAGUGAUGACUUCUCAAGAUGUUUUGGAAUCAAAUGCUGUGGCAGUGACUUUUGCUGACAGGGCACUCCAAGGUUUCUCCUCUAUCAUUCCCAUCCUUGUCGCUAUGUCCUGUUUGGGAGCUCUGAUGGGAGGCUACUUUGCUGGUCCCAGGAUGCUGUUUUCUGGCUCCAGGGAAGAACAGUGGCCCGUUCUCUUCGCCAUGAUUCACAUUCGAAGCACACUCCUCUGCCCGGCACUGCUUCUAAUGUACCCCAUGGUGGUCUUCAUGAUUUUGGCUGGUGAACUCUUUGGACUUGUAAAUUUUUACAGCUUUUCUCGAUGGUUGUUUAUUGGCCUGACUACUAUGGGCCUCAUGGUUCAUCGAUAUCGAAAUCCCAAUCUUCCACGUCCUUUUAAGGUAUAUCUAUUCGUCCCUGCUGUAUUCACAGUUGUAUGCUUUUUCAUUGUGGGGAUGUCCCUCUACUCUGAUCCAGUCAACACAGGCAUCAGUUUUGCCUUCACCCUGACUGGUAUCCCAGUUUAUUUCCUUGUGGUUCAGAAGCAGAGACUGCCUUUAUGCAUCAAUAGAGCUUUUCACAUCCUUACUAAGAAGCUACAGAUUCUCUUGGAAGUGAUGCCACAGGAGGUGCAGACCUACUAAAUCUUAAGCUGAUCAAAACUUUACCUUCAAAACUGAAAUGGGCUUUAAAUAAUAAUGUUGGUGUACCAUACAUUCUGCAAGAUUUUAUUUUAAAUUGUAAAACAUAUUUUUAAGUAUUAAAGACAAUCACUGUGAAGUAAAAAAUACAAAGAAAAUAUAUCUGACUAAGCAGUGAAGACCACACACCUUAAGGAGUGACAUUCUAUUUUUGUGAAGCAUUCACUAAAAACCAAUAAAUUUAAUUUUCUUAAAGUGUCAUUUAACAUGAUCUGUUAUAUUCGUUUUUUUCAAUAGUUUGUUUUGAAUAUACAGUACAUUAAUCUUGUUU